GGCCCUGGUAGGGGAGGGGUUGAUAUCGAGAUUGGGCACCGGGGGAAGAAUGUCUCCUUUCAACUUUGUCUGUGGCUUGCACCCCGGGAGAAGGCCACACGCCGGUUGUGGGGUGCAGAUGUGCCGAGAGUGAUUUCUAAGUAGUUGAGUUGUUGAGAUGAGGUUACGACUGCUCAUGGUCGGUAGGUUUUGUUUUCAUUGGUGAAUCUGGUGUCAUCAUAUUCCGGUCAUAUGUUGAAAUAUUCUUUGUUUAGGUCUUGAAGUAGAGGAUCUCACUCUGCACGUCCACACUGUGUUGUUUUUAAAUGAUGUCUCUCUCUGCAUGUGUGGCUUUCUAGAAUUUCAAAUGUGAGUUGAGGUCCGGCCGUGUGUGGGCCUCAGCACUGGCCUUGACAGUGAACUUUGUGGCUGUGUUUUGGAUUUCAAAGAUUUGCCCCCUAGCCGGGGAGCAAGUUGUGCAUUUUUGUUAAAAUAGGUGUCAGGAAUGAUGCUUUAGCUGGGGACAUUGGAGAAAGAAGAACAUUUAUAUAUUAAUAAUUGAUAGCUGAAUAUUAGAAUCAGAUUAAUUUGGGCCGAUGAAAGUUUUUUUGUAUUUUUUUUAAAGGAGUUGUGCACUCUAGGAAGGAAGCAUUUUUACAGUCACACUUUAUAGGGUUUUUUAGGGCGGGGAGCUGGAAUAUCUCCUUAUGUAGAGGAUGCUCAUCAACAUCUGUAGCUUCAUUGAGGGCCUGGUAAAGAGACUGAAAUUGGGGCUAAGACAGCUAAGUGUACUUUUCAGUGUUUAUGAUGUUUGUUUAUAUUUGGUGUUCACUUAUGUUUGGGCAGUAGAAAUAAAUAGGUCAGCGUUUCACUUGGUUUUGAAGACUAGCCCCCUCCCCCCUUUUUUUAAGUUUCACAAUUUACUUGGUUUCACAGUAUUGUAGGAAACUGUUAGUACAUUUGUACUGGAAAUACUGUUAUUCAUUUUGAUUUUGCUUUGAAGAGUCCAUCCUUUCCCCCAUUCAAUCAUCUGGAAGAAGCUGCCUUAGAAAUACUCUUCUUCUGCUUACAUGAAGAGCUCUAAUUGCUAUCCAGCAGGAGGUGCUACAGCAAGAUUAAGCAAACUGAAUUUUCAGGGUCUUGCUACUUAUGACAGCUCUACUUAGCUUCAACUAAGCAACAGGAUUAACACCUUAAAGUUCCAGAGAGAUUUGAGGAGCAAGAGAGCUGAAGGAGAGCCAGUUUCCCCCAAAUUGGACUUCUCAGAACCUUUAAUAUGCUAAUGUGCAUUGUGACUCUCCAAGAGGGGGAUAUGAUAUGCAGCAUUCUUGAAUACUUCUAAUGACAGGGAGCCCACUACCUCAUAAGCUGCAGUGAGAAGAGGAGUUUGUUAUUUUAAACGGAGGCUGAAGAAACUGUAGAAUUAGCAGACAUAAGAGAAAGUGGAGAAGGUAGAGGAUGGAGUUGCAGACUCUACAGGAAGCUCUUAAAGUGGAAAUUCAGGUUCACCAGAAAUUGGUUGCUCAAAUGAAGCAGGAUCCACAGAAUGCUGAUUUAAAGAAACAGCUUCAUGAACUCCAAGCCAAAAUCACAGCUUUGAGUGAGAAACAGAAAAGAGUCGUUGAACAGCUACGGAAGAACCUGAUAGUAAAGCAAGAACAACCAGACAAGUUCCAAAUACAGCCAUUGCCACAAUCUGAAAACAAACUACAGACAGCACAGCAGCAACCACUACAGCAGCUGCAGCAACAACAGCAGUACCACCACCACCACGCCCAGUCGGCUACACCCGCUCCCAGUCUGACUGCAUCACAGAAGACUGUAACUACAGCUUCUAUGAUUACCACAAAGACACUACCUCUCGUCUUGAAAGCAGCAACUGCGACCAUGCCUGCCUCUGUUGUGGGCCAGAGACCUACCAUUGCUAUGGUGACCGCCAUCAACAGUCAGAAGGCUGUGCUCAGCACUGAUGUGCAGAACACACCAGUCAACCUGCAGACGUCUAGUAAGGUCACUGGGCCUGGGGCAGAGGCUGUCCAAAUUGUGGCAAAAAACACAGUCACUCUGCAGGUUCAGGCAACACCUCCUCAGCCCAUCAAAGUACCACAGUUUAUCCCUCCUCCUAGACUCACUCCACGUCCAAACUUUCUUCCGCAGGUUCGACCGAAGCCUGUGGCCCAGAAUAACAUUCCUAUUGCCCCAGCACCUCCUCCCAUGCUUGCAGCUCCUCAACUUAUCCAGAGGCCCGUCAUGCUGACCAAGUUCACCCCCACGACCCUCCCUACCUCCCAGAAUUCCAUUCACCCCGUCCGUGUCGUCAAUGGGCAGACUGCAACUAUAGCCAAAACGUUCCCCAUGGCCCAGCUCACCAGCAUCGUGAUAGCUACUCCAGGGACCAGACUCGCUGGACCUCAAACUGUACAGCUUAGCAAGCCAAGCCUUGAAAAACAGACGAUAAAAUCCCACACAGAAACAGAUGAGAAACAAACAGAGAGCCGCACCAUCACUCCACCUGCUGCACCCAAACCAAAACGGGAGGAGAACCCUCAGAAACUUGCCUUCAUGGUGUCUCUAGGGUUGGUAACACAUGACCAUCUAGAAGAAAUCCAAAGCAAGAGGCAAGAGCGAAAAAGAAGAACAACAGCAAAUCCAGUGUACAGCGGAGCCGUCUUUGAGCCAGAGCGUAAGAAGAGUGCAGUCACAUACCUGAACAGUACAAUGCAUCCUGGGACCCGGAAGCGAGCCAAUGAGGAACACUGGCCAAAGGUAUGUAAGACCAUUUUCCCCCUUUCUUUCCCUCCCCCUUUUUCCCCUUUUGUUCCCUUCUCUUGGUAUAUAGGUCGUCCUCCAAAAUACAAUGCAGUGCUGGGGUUUGGAGCCCUUACCCCAACAUCCCCCCCAUCCAGUCAUCCUGACUCCCCUGAAAAUGAAAAGACAGAGACCACAUUCACUUUCCCUGCACCUGUUCAGCCUGUGUCCCUGCCCAGCCCCACCUCCACAGACGGUGAUAUCCAUGAGGAUUUUUGCAGCGUUUGUAGAAAAAGUGGUCAGUUGCUGAUGUGUGACACGUGUUCCCGUGUGUAUCACCUGGACUGCUUAGACCCUCCUCUAAAAACGAUUCCCAAGGGCAUGUGGAUCUGUCCCAGGUGUCAGGACCAGAUGCUGAAGAAGGAAGAAGCAAUUCCAUGGCCUGGAACUUUAGCAAUUGUUCAUUCCUAUAUCGCCUACAAAGCAGCAAAAGAAGAAGAAAAACAGAAGUUACUUAAAUGGAGUUCAGAUUUAAAACAAGAAAGAGAACAACUAGAGCAGAAGGUGAAACAGCUCAGCAAUUCUAUAAGUAAAUGCAUGGAGAUGAAGAACACCAUCUUGGCCCGGCAGAAGGAAAUGCACAGCUCCCUGGAGAAGGUAAAACAGCUGAUCCGCCUCAUCCACGGCAUAGACCUCUCCAAACCUGUAGACUCUGAGGCCACUGUGGGGGCCAUCUCUAAUGGCCCGGACUGCACCCCCCCUGCCAACGCCACCACCUCCACGCCGGCCCCCUCCCCCUCCUCUCAGAGCUGCACAGCGAACUGUAACCAGGGCGAAGAGACUAAAUAACAGAGCCCUGCCAGGAGAAGCCACGGGGUCCCGGCAGCAAGGAGAGCGAAACACUGAAGACUCUAGAAAAGCAAAGCCGGAUUUCUUCUGGAAAGUACAGAAUUCUUUUGGUUCUUUGGUUCCAGAGAGAGAGAAGAUGCUUGUGCCAGGUGGCACCAGAGUUUGCCAAUUGAUCCUUCUUAUUCUGUGUGUACAUGCAAAGAUUGGACCAUGUUACAUGAAAUAGUGCCAGCUGGAGGUUCUUUGCCAGCACCAUGCCAAGUGAAAUAAUAUAUUUACUCUCUCUAUUAUACACCAGUGUGUGCCUGCAGCAGCCUCCACAGCCACGAUGGGUUUGUUUUUGUUUUGUUGGGUGGGAGCAGGGACGGGCCGAGGGAGGAGAGCAGGUUUCAGAUCCUUAUUUGCCGAGCCGUUUGUAUAGGUAGAGGAGACAAGUCCAAAGAGUGUGUGGGCUUUCCUGUUUCUCAACUUUCACUACUAUAAAACCAAAAAAAGGAAAUUGAGAUUUAAGCAACCCCAGUGCCCAGAGGAGGGAUGGGGAGGGAGCGGGAGGGAGCCGGGGUGGGAAAAGUAUAUCAAAUAAGCAGUAUUUCUCCUUGUCUGGGGUGGGGCACAGUGCACGGAGAGGGGGACACACCAAGGACAGCCGCCGGGUCCUUCUCCCCAGCACUCCGCUCUCCCGCCGUGGGCGCCCCCCACCACUCCCAAACUUCCUUCCCUGCUUUGGCAAAUUGGUGCGCGUCCGCGUGGAUGGUCGGGUUUCCUUCCCUCUCCAAGAACAAGCAGAGCCAGGUGCAGCCGGCCCUCAGCCCAGGGCAGGGAGGAAGGGUGUGUGUGUGUGUCGAGGAAGGAAAAAAGGUGGAUCAGUGAUUUUACUUGAAAACAAGCUUCAUCCCUUUUCUAUAUUUAUAAGAAGAUCCUGAGCGAAGCAGCACGCGACCCAGGUGUGUGUGAAUUGAAUGGAGACAUUUUUUUUUUUUUUAGUUUUUGUUUUUGGGUUUUUUUCUUUAAAAAAAGUUUUAUUUUGUUGUUUAUUUUACUUUUUUGGUAACAAAAACUAAAAUAAGGAAUAGAAAAGCUGUUUUUCAGGCUGACAGUCCAAUUAAGGGUAGUCGAGACCUUGCAUGGUAGAAUAGGAAUCAUAGUGUCAGUGAGGUCCAGUGAGUGUGUGUGAGUCCUUGUGUCAUCGUUCGGGGCACUGUUUUUUUAUGCAAGGGCAAAAAUCUUUGUAUCUGGGGAAAAAAAAAAACAACAGCAACUUUUUUUUAAAUUAAAAAGGAAAAUAAAAGAUAUUGAGGUCUUCCUAGUGUUACUUAAAUUAAGAUCAAGGUAAGCAACAUUGUAAAAAAUUACAAAAGUGCUAUUUGUUUCCUAAAAACAGUGAUUUCUAUUAAAAAGGUGUCAGAACUGGAGAAAA